ACGAUUUAUAUCGCUUCAAUCGAGAUACGGCCUUGUUACAAAUUUAAAGUCCAUUAACUAAUUGCCGCCCCUCUGUUCUCCGCGUCUCUUUGUCCUUGCUCGCAAAUGCACUCGUUUCUAGCGUUCUCUUCCACGCACUUCCACGCACGCGAUCUCCACUGCAUUCCUUUUUAUUAUCUAUACGCAGAAACCGAGCAGAAGCGAUGUGCAAAAAUCCUUGGAAAUUUAUUAUCAAGAGAAGGAGAAAGGAGAUUUGAAAUCGUCGCUCUCUCUUUCUCUUUCUGUCUGACAUGACUGACGUGCAUGCAUCAAUGUGCAUGUGCGGACUGUGGCGUACGAUGCAAUGUCGUGGGCGUAUGCAUUAUUGCAUGUAUGUACGUGUGACACACGUGCGGUGUAGCGGCGGCGUUCUGCGUUCUCCCGCGAAUCCCGACGAUCCUCCCCUCGGACCUCGGAAUCUCGUCAGCGCCGCUACGCUUCGGAACGUAGUUUCCUUCGUUUUUUCUUCGGCCUCUUUUCCUUCUUUCCUCGCCAACGGGUUCGGUGCGCGUGCCAAUGAGCGUGCGUUAAUGCGCGGCGGGUCCGCGCCACGAGCAAUAUUGUCGUGCAUCGGAUCGCCGCACCAAACUCGAAACGUCGAACGUGACAGACGUCUCCUGUCUCUCCUUCUUCCCGGUCAUGGAGGAUCCCACGGAGGCGCAGAAAUGGCAGCAACACCUGUCCCUGCUGCGGGAACAGUAUGUCAAUUUGUACAACGCGAACGCGGAACUGCAGCGAGAAUACGCCGUCGCCACGGCCGAGAAGCAGGAGGGCGGAUUUGUCGGCCGGCUUCUGGCGACGGUGGCAUCCUUGUACUGUCAGCACCGUUACAGUGAUAUAAGUAUAAAAUUGAUCGACCAAGAGAUACCGGCGCAUAAAUUCGUUCUGUCUGCCAGGACUGAUUUCUUCAGCGACGCGGCUCUCGUCGAGAAGACUGUUUUAGAUUGGAGCAAUUUAAGCAGCGCCGUUGCGUUGGUGCUGUUGAAAUGGAUUUACACCAGCAAGAUAUCCCAGGAACACCUAACGUUGGAUUUGAUGAAAGCGGCUGCUGGUUUCCAGUUGUCCGAAUUGGUAGAUCAGUGCGAGAGGUAUCUGAUUGGGACAGUGGGCUUGAAGAAUUGUGUAGGAUUGUACUCAGCUGCCGAGGAACUGGGUACUCUGAAAUUGAAGGAGCAUUGCAGCUCUUUAAUCUCAGCACACUGGGAAGAUCUGACAGGCGAGGACUUCAAGGAAAUGCCAGGUUCUCUCCUGUACAAGUUACUGCAGACCAAGAGUAAAUAUCCUUUGCACGCAGCGGUACGCUUGAUGCGCGAAGACGUUGUAUUUCUGUACCUGGUGGAACAUAACGCUGAGCUUCCGAAAGCGGUCAACGCUGUGGAUCACAAGGGAGAAACAGCUCUGGAGGUUGCUCUGAAAACUCGCCAGCCAUCCUUGGCGCGCACCCUCGUCGAACAUGGAGCGAAUCUGAGCGCGAAAGACUCGAGGGGUCUUUCUCUCCUUCAUUCAGCUAUCUUGAAGGGAGACUCCUACUCGUCCGAGUUCAUAAUCGAGCAGCUGGAGAAUAACGGCAGCGUGCAAAAGUUGUGCGAGGCUGUGAAAAUUAACGAGGACGCGAAGAACGCGACGCACCUUAAACAAUUAGAGGGUUGCACCGCCUUGCAUUUAGUGGCGAAGCACAAUACGGAAAACAUGCUGGCGGUUGGAUCGAGACUACUCCAAGCGGGAAUCGAUCCAAAUUUGCAAGACCACAGAGGAUGGACUGCGCUUCACAGCUGUAUCUCUGAAAAAAACGAGAUGCUGUUCGAUCUGUUACUCGCGGCAAAGAAUAUAGAUGUAGAUCAAACUACGAACGAGGACGACACGCCAUUGUGUUUCGCGAUGAAAAUGGAACCCUUCAACGAGAACUUUGCGUCGAAAUUGCUGAUCAAGGGUGCUAUACCGAAUCCAACGUACGAUGUUACUGGAGACACGUUGCUUCACAUCUUGACGCGAGAACGUAGAGAGGAGGCGGCGUUAUUCUUAGUAGAAUAUUGUAGUAAUAAUUUAACGAAAACCAACAACGAAGGCUUCACGAUACUACACGAAGUGUGUAGGGUUGGUUUAAAGGAUUUAACUCGUGCACUUUUAAAGAACGGGCUACCGACCGAUGUCAUUACCCUUUCCACUGGCGACGCACCAAUUCAUUUCGCCAUUAUGAAUCUAUAUACCGACAUAGUCGUCGAACUACUGGACGCUACGAGCUUGGAUUCGCAGUUAGCUAUUAAGAACAACGCGAACGAGACACCUCUCAGUUUGGCUAUAAAGGCACCGUUCAAGAAGGGCAAAGAUAUCGUGCUGGCUCUGAUAAAAGCUGGAGCGGACGUAAAUGAGCGCAACGAAGAAGGCCUGACAUUAUUACAUCAAGCGAUACUAAAAGAGGAUUCAGCUACGGCAAUAUUUCUGUUAGAAAAUGGUGCUGACAUGAAUGCAAAAACAGCCAAUGGAGAAACGCCGUUACAAUUGUGCGUACACUGCAGACUGGGCGAAGUAGUAGAAGCUCUUUGCAGGCGAGGCGUAGACACUUCAAUAGGAUGCCCGUUGUGGGAUGCUUUGGACUCUGAUCAAGAAGAUACCGCAUCGAUCUUGGUUAAACACGGAGCGGACACAGAUUGUUGGGGUCCGGGUCCCGACGGCUGUCAACAAACGUUGUUACAUAGAGCGAUCGACGAUAACAAAGAGGAUAUCGCACAAUUUCUGAUCAGAAGCGGAUGUGACUUGAAUGCUCCAAGACGACCUGGUCCAGACGGUGCUGGCGGAGACGAGGCAAGAGAUGAGUGCACGCCGUUACAUUUGUGUUGUCAAUGGGGACUGGAACAAGUCGUUCAAACGCUCAUCGAGCACGGAGCCGAUGUAAAUGCUCGUGACGCAGAAGGAAAAACACCUGUGCAUGUGGCUAUACAGAAUCAGCAUUCGCAAAUUAUUUCUCUUUUACUAUGCCAUCCAAGUAUAGAUCUGAAUAAGAGGGAUAAAAAGGGAUUAACGCCUUUCGCCACUGCCCUGACAGUUCGCAACAACAAAGCCGCACAAGCAAUAUUAGAGAGAUUACCUAAGGCCGCUGAGCAAUAUGACAAUAAAGGCAGAAACUUCUUGCACACUGCCAUACAGAAGGGUGACAUGGAGAGCAUUCUAUUUUUACUCUCAAUACAAGUAGACGUAAACUCAAGAAUACAUGACGUUACGCAAACGCCUCCCUUACAUCUCGCAGCCAUGUCCGGAAACGAGAUGUUGGUGCGAAGUUUGAUUCUGGCGGGCGCUCGCGUCAACGAUACAGAUGCAAAUAGGAACACCGCAUUGCACGUGGCAGCCAAGGCGGGACAUGCCGCUGUCGUCUCCGCGUUAUUGCAAAAUAACAUUAACUUUGAUGCGGUAAACGCGGAUGGCGAUAACGCGUUGCACGUAGCUGUGAGAGAGGGUCACGUGUCGGUGGUGCGAACAUUGUUGACUGAGUGCACGUUAGAUGCGGAAGCAAUGAAUCUCAAGGGUCGCAAUCCUCUGCACGAGCUAGCCAGAUGCGCAAGGGAUAAUGCUGCGACGAUAUGCGAUCUGUUUUUAGAAUGCAUGUCACAAUAUCCUGUUAAUAAUGCAGAUUUGGAUGGAAACACGCCGUUGUUGAUUGCGUACAUGAAGGGCAAUGGCAAUCUUUGUAGAACACUAGUGAAAGCCGGAGCAUGCCUAGGUUCAAUGAAUAAAGAUGGAAUUACGAUCUUCAACUAUCAAGUAGCGACAAAACAGCUAUUAUAUAGACUGUUAGAUUCCUUGACGCAAGAAGCGCCAUGGUCCGAUAAAGAUUGCUGCUUGGAGUGUGGGACAAAAUUUUCUCUCACAAUGCGGAAGCAUCAUUGCCGGCAUUGUGGACGAAUUUUGUGUAGCAAGUGUUCUGGUCAGGAUGUACCGAUCUUGAAAUUUGGUUUGAACAAGCCGGUACGCGUGUGUAACGUGUGCUUCGACGUAUUGUUAGGUACUGGUUCUCUUCAACCAUCAUAGUUAAAAUAAGAAUUUAUAUAUAACAACUAACAAAGGAAGAAGAGAACAUUCCAAAUUUUUUUAAUAUGAAAAGAUGCAGAUCGUGAACUGAACCGAAAGUCUGUGUAUAAUUGUAUGUCAGUGAUACUUUAUGUAUAUCCUAUUGUAUACACAUUGUUCAGAUUUGUUAAACUCUCAUAAAGUUGAAAUACAGAUAAAGAAGUGA